AACUUCACUUAGUAAAUGGAACUCCAGUUACUUGUAUGAUUGAUGAUGGAUUAACGAAACGUCAAUUUGUGUCGUUUUUGGUCCUGGCUACAGACUUAUUCAUCAGGAAAAGGAUGUGGAUUUUCUCGUGAGAUGCCUAGCACGUGCAUGAUGUCGGCCAGCAAACUUCCGCCGCCUCUCCCUGCCCGGGGGAACCUUCCUCCAAUACGUAAAGGGGGGCAACUCAACCGUACUAGUUCCGCUAUUGGGAGACCCUUACCUACACCCCCGAAGGAGGAGUCUUCAAUAUACAACAAUGCACAAACGUUGCCAAGUAGAAAUAAAAAGUCACCUGUUAUAAAUUAUGAAAAUCAUGAAAUUGGAAUGACUAAAAUAAAAUCAUUACCAGCAGAAGUGAGCAAAAUGACUGUAGAAAGUGCCCCUCCCCCACCACCGAGUCGUCCUCCAAAGCGUCAUAGUGUAUCCAACCCAGGGACAGGAUCACCAACUAAUACUACUGCGAUCCCAUCCACGGGUGGUCUAGACACACCCCCAGCUUUACCGAGCCGAGGGCCCCCACGAAGACCUUCCACUACGGCCCUGCCAUCACCUCGAAGUGGGCAAUCCUCUGAUCUGGAGUCCAGAUUUCCAUUUCACGAUGAAAGUAGCUUCCCUCCUCCUGAACAAUUUACCAAUGACCAUAAAGCAUAUGCCAGUAGGAAAGGUCCUAAAAGAAGAAAAUCGCCGGAUUUGCCUCCCAUGUGAGAUCACGUUCCAUUGAAUGUUUAUUUCUCGUGUUGAUUUAUUUACGUUGGAAGCGAGGGGCGGAGCAUUUUCAUGUCCGUACGGAAACCACCACGGAUUUGGUUUCUUCAUGUUCAAAUCAAGGACAUCAGGGCAAAGUAUCUAAUUCUUGUACCGACACAAGAGAUAAAUGUGGCUUCCGUGUAUAAAGAGUUACAAGGGACAACAGGAUCAAAUAACAGUAGACAUUGUGGAAGUGUUUACAAUGUGUUAUUCCGAUACUGGCUUGUGAUUAUUAUUCACCCAAAAUAUAUAAAAUACUCGUUAUAUUCGGGACGACUGAUUAUUUCAAAUCCAUGGUGUAUUAUUACAAGGUGCGAUUUAUUUUUAUAGAGCUUUUGAAUAAUUUUGAUUUUGACACGCGAGUUGGCUUGUUUUUAUGGUCGUCAUGUCUUUGGAAACAGUAUUUAUAUAACUCAUCGAUUUGCACUUAAAGAUUGUCAGAAAACCUUAUAAUUCCAACACAUUAAAGAGUGUGACUAUGGGAUGCUUUUCCAGCAACAGCUAUCCGUCAAUAAUUUAAUAUCUCUGUGGUUGGCUACUGUAUAAAUCCAGACAGGUACAUGUGACACAACCAUUGUUUGUAAGUUUGUGUCGAUUACCUGUUAAACAUUGAACUAUUGUUGGUUUCAAAGAUAUUACCGGUGUAGGAGAGUUCCAAUCCAUUCAGUUUGAUAUUGGAUAUACAUGUUGUCAACCUCCUCGUCCUAAGGUCUAGACUGCAUGUGGUUUUUUUUUUUAAUUCGUUCAUUUUGAAUUGCAUGUUAUUGAAUCCAGUAUUAACAUAAUAUUAAUGCUUGUUACUAAAAAUGUUUAGGAUGAGUUUCUGCUCAACGAUUAAUUGGCUUUUUUAUCAAACAUGAGUACAUAUUUAUAAAUACAACUGACUGCAAUAAAAACUGAUCGGGUUUACCAUUGUAAAAUAAGAAACACAAGAGACAUCAAAGCUGUGUUGUGGAUUGCCCUUUCGAUGUUGAACCCUCUUAAGUACGUAUGAAUACUUAAACGGAAAUAGUUAUAUAAGGUACCGGGAUGGAAUACUUGAUAAAUAUAUCAGCGAAUAGUCUCGAAAACAGUCCAGUCACGUAAACACUGCAGGAAAAUGAAAAAAAAAACGCCCACAAAUUUGUAGAGACCCUUUAAGAUAUGAAGAUGUAAGUAAACCGAUCAAAAAAUAUUUCCUUCAGUUCGGGGCACUAAUUUUAAAUAUUUCUUGUACUAUUUUGUCGAAGACACUGGUAGCUUGUCGUCACCAGAUACGUAAAGCACAGGAUUUAAAAGUUUACAUACUUUGUAUUAUACACAAUAUGAAACGGAGGUUUUCGUUGUCGAUCACAUUUUAGAUACGUAGAGCACAGGAUUUAAAAGUUUACAUACUUUGUAUUAUACACAAUAUGAAACGGAGGUUUUCGUUGUCCAUCACAUUUUAGAUCGGGACUUCGUAUAUGCUUUAACUCCCCCCCCCCCCACCUCAUGUUUAUACGUGAUUGUAUAUAUCCGUAACUAGCUCAAAUAUUCUGUUCCUCUCGAACUUGCGAUAAUCAACAUGAAAAAAUGUUUUCAAAAUGAAACCGCAGACAAUUUGGUCCAAAAUUAUUGUCAAUGAAUAUGAUUUACAUAAGGGGUGUCGUCGAAGCAGAAGGCACCUACUCUUCCGGAACACAUUGUCUUAUUCUCUUUGUACUUUUUCACAAGUCUCCGUGUAAAUCUUUGUUUCUAUUUUUCCCUAGUUGGAUUAUGAUGAUGUGGACAUUUUAGUAUUUUCUUGCUUUUUUUCUGACCAGGUCUCCAAUUUUUGAACAGAACUCUUAUGUGUAAUGUUGACACUAUUUAGAGGUCUCUUAGCAUCGAAAAGACAAAUAUAUGUAUGCUUCAUAUUUUUGCAGGCCGGUUAUUUCAGAAUUAAAUAGUUACACGUUUUGAGAGUUUUGCUGUUUAAAGCUUUGUCACAAUUUUGUUAAAUAGGGUUAUCAUUGAAGGAACUGUUCUUUACCAUUCUUUACAUCGGAUGUGGACAUAACGAUAUUUAUAUCAGCUUGAACGUCAUUGAUUAAAAUAUUUCAUAAAAUAUUGAAAAUCCGUGACCGAUCAAAUGUUUUGAUUGGUGACUAGGGUAUACAUGACACACAUUGGGAUUUGAUAUGGCCCCUGUAAAUCAGCUUUGUGAACACCUACAUUAAACUAUAUAUAAUAUUAUGACUAAGUGCGAGA